CCUGUGCAAAACAAUAAACACAAAAGUGGAUGGCUACCUGCCACUUUCCCCUUCUAUGAAAAACACAAAUUCAGACCCCAAAAAAAGAAUAAAAAAAUGGAGAUAAGCUCAGAGUUCCUCGAUUAGCAUACCCUGUUUUAGUAAAUUUCAACCCAAUAAUAAUCAAUACCCCUCAAAACAUUCUCAAUACGACUCAUUAAAUUUAAAUCCCCUCAAAUUUUCCAAUCGAUCCCACCAGGUCGGCCGCUUUGUAUAAUUGCAUUUGCAAAUCGCAUCGUUUCAUAUACUCAUACACGCACCCACUCACCCAAACUUGGCUUCAAUUCCAAGUCAAAGUCAAGUCCUCUAACCCAAACAACCAAACCCCAAACCCCGAAUUUUUUUCUCUUCCUUAUAUACCCCUCCCAAAUAGCCCUCAGAACGAACUAACCAAACCAGCCAAAAUAGUAUAGCCAAGGGGGGGUUAAAGUCAGCGAGAGAUGGCGUUAUGUGACGCUGUGGUGGGGAACUUGGCGACGAUCUACGUGGCGGUGAUUGCUGGGAUCAAGGCUUGUGGGUUGGUCGGUGGGCGAAGCUUUGGCGCUGGGUUUGUGCUGAUUGUGUCCACCGCUGUGGUGGGCCUCAUCUUGAUCGGCACGUUGACGUGGGACUUGUCUCGCAAGGCCACGUAUGCGGUUUCCAAAGAACACGCCCACGAGAUGUGCAAAGGCGGUAUUUGCUGGCACGGCGUUGCGGUCAAGUCUCCGGCUUCUCAGGUCCGGUUUAGGCUUCCACAGCAAAUUCCUUAUGGCGCUUUGUAAAUAAGAUAAAAAACACUGUAAGAUACACACGCUUUCUUUUUGGUUGGUGGGUUUUGUAGCUGAGAGGCACGAGGUGUUUGUGUUUUUGACUGAGAGAAAAAUAUCAAGAUACCGUGUAAUAUCGAAUGAAAAAAAAAAAAAAAUCAGGUUUGUAUAUAUAAUAAAGGCCCUUUUGAUUUGCUA